CAGGCCCUCAGGCACCCAGCACACGCCCAGCCCGCCUCCACGAUGCCCAACAGGAAGGUCAGCCCUGCGGAACGGGCGGCCAAGGAGGAGCCCCUGAGGAGGUCGGCCAGGUUGUCAGCCAAACCUGCUUCUGCAAAAGUGGAAAUGAAGCCCAAAAAGGCGGCAGGAAAGGAUAAAUCUGCAGACAAAAAAGUGCAAACCAAAGGGGAGAGGGGCGAAAAGGGAAAGCAGGCCCAAGUGGCUGACCAGGAACCUAAAGAUUUACCUGCGGAAAACGGAGCAACUAAACACGAGGAGAGUCCAACCUCAGAUGAAGCAGGAGAGAAAGAAGCCAAGCCUGAUUAAUAUCAUAUAUCAUGUCUGAUCAGUGGUCCCUGUCUCCCUUCUUAUACAAUCCAGAGGAAUAUUUUUAUCAACUAUUUUGUAAAUGCAAGUUUUUCAGUAGCUCUAGA